ACACAGUGAUUAAAUCAUACUGUAUUCUUGAUAUUUGGUUUGUUUUACUUCCAAUAUUUGAGAUGAAAUGAAGCUCCUCUUUUGAACCAUCUGACGGUGCUGUUGUAUUGGAAACAUUUCUUCCACUUGGACACAGCAAACUGUGAUUCUGCAAUGCUGCUAUAUUUAUUCAGCCAAGUAAAAUGAUUAGCAAAACAUACAAUUUGUUUUAAAUGACCAUUUAGGACUGACUUAGAGGUGGUUUGGGACUCCACGCAUGUGUACUGUAUGCUAUAGCAUGAUUAUAGGGCAAUGGCCAGGUUGAUGUCACCAGGUUGUUCCACUGAGUCUUCCCAACACUCAAGGCCGUCUUAGUGUGUCUGUGAAGCUUCAUCAUGUCUUAUGAACAUACUUAUGAGCAUACUGUACAAGGAAUACAAAAAGUGCAGUUCACACAAAAAGUACAGAUUGGAAUAAGAUGACUAAAUGUGACAUGCCUGUGUCAGGGCUCUGUAUAUGUAAUGCUCCAUAGCACAGUCUUGUUGGCCACUUUUGAAAGGUAAACAGAUCUUUGUACAUUGCGAACAUAGUGACUCAGAGGUCAGUGGACCCUUCCUAUGUUCAAUCCAUUUUUGGCAGUCUCUGAGGGCUUACAGAAACCCCUCUAAUGCAGAGCAUGCAAACACAUUACAUACACAGUAAGUUCCCAAAUGUAUAUGGUAACUUCAUUUUGAGAAGACUAUUGCAAAAUGUGUCAGUCACAUGUUUUAUCUGAUCUGUGACAUUUCAAAGAACUGUCUGUUGAACAGAACAUCUGAACCUGUCAAUGUUUAUCUGUGACCCUGUCCUAUUUGUUUCAAUCAGCAAGAUGAAAGGAGUUAUUAUACUGUCCCUACUGGGGAUUCUGGGAAUGGGAAGGGGAUCUAAAGAUGAAUUAGUGUAUGUUGCUCUGGGGGACAAAGCAGCCCAAUCCUCCACAUUCUAUUGAGGCACUGCAAAAAGAUCCAUUGAUGGAAUAUGGAACUCGACUUACGAAGAUCACUGCAGCCACACUUUGGGAGAGACCAACCCCUGGUGGAAGGUGGACCUGCCGGAGACUUACCAAGUCCCCUCCGUCACCAUCACCAACAGAGAUACUUCAGCAGAGAGGAUCAACGGGGCUGAGAUCCGCAUUGGAAUCUCCCUGGAGAACGAUGGUAACAGUAACCCCAGGGGGCUCCACUACAUUUCAAUGCCACAGGAUGUUGAUCCAGAGAUGAUCGAUGGUGCUGAAAUCCACUUUGGAAACUAUCUGCAGAAUAACGGCAACAACAAUCCAUUGUGCGCUGUGAUGUCCUCAUAUCCCACGUGGGAGGUCAUGGCCUUUCAGUGCAGAGGGAUCAAGGGUCGCUAUGUGAACGUCUUCUUGCAGGGUUCAAAUAAACAGCUGUCACUGUAUGAGGUGGAGGUGAAUGUGGGCAGUCGUCCUGAGAAUGCAGCCACUGGCGGGAGAGCAGGUCAGUCGUCGCAGUGGGACAAGUUUGGAGAUGCCAACAAUGUCAUUGACCUGAACUGGACCAAUCGGUAUCUGGAGGGGUCCUGCAGCCACACGAAAGAUAUAGACCCCUGGUGGCGGGUGGACAUGAGCAAGACCCGCACCGUCACUUACGUCACCAUUACCAACAGAGGGGACUACUGCUCCGACAGGAUCAGUGGAGCAGAGAUCCACGUUGGGGACUCACUGUUCAACAAAGACAAUAGCAACCCACAGUGA